UCACAACCGCCAAGCGUUUUGCAUUCUUUUUUUCCGUCUAAAAAAAAAGGCGCAAUUGGAAGCAAGUAAAUAGGAAAGGCAACAUGUCCGACGCCGAGCUCGAACAGACGCGCGUUGGCCACGUGGAGGAGCACGAGGAGGAGGUGGAGGAGCAGCGCCAGCUGCAGGAGGAGAAGGAACACCACGAGCCGGAGCAGCCGUCGGAGGAGGGCUCUGGCUAUGUUUACACAAUGGACGCGGGCCCGCCGCGCACACCCGUCCAGGAUGCGGCGGCCGAACUGAGCGCCAGCCUAGAUGUCAGCGGCUCGGAUCAAUCGGCGGAGCAGUCACUGGACCUCAGCAAUAAUACACAAACGACGGAAACGUCCGCCGAGUGCGAGCCGCCCAGCAAGCGGGAUCGCCGGGACACCAGUCCCAGCAAUACCUCCAGCUCAUCCAGCGGCGGCGGGGGCAGUAGCUCACGCUAUGAUGACAUCAGUGAGGUGGAGGAGGGCGAGCAGGAGACUCCGCUGCAGCAGAUGCCACCGGAGCCGCUGGAGGAGCCGCUACAAGAACAGAUAAUAGCACAGGAGCCGCCGGAACAGGAGCACAUAUUGGAGGAAAAGGAAUUAAUAGAGGAGGAACACAUAAUACAGCCGGAGCAGGAAUCUGUACAGGAACUGCAGGCAGAGCCAGAGCAGGAGGAGGAGCUGGCGGAAGAGCAGGAGGAGGAGCAAGUGCCAGAGCAGGAGCAGCACCAGGAGCAGGAAGAGAUGCCACAACCAGAUCAGGCCGAGAUUCAGGAACCUGAACAGGAAGUUGAGGUGGAACAUGACUUGGAAACCGAUGACGAACCCUCCUCGAGUACGGUGAUUCAUGUGGCGCCCACCGGCUACACAGUCGAUCCCGAUGCCCCCACCAAAGCCAUUGUCACCGAGGUGGUCACCAUACCCGCUCCGCUUGGCUUCAAGGCGCUAGUCAAGCUGCCAACGGAGGUGCCCGAGACCCCUGACUCUCCCACGGACGAUGGUGGCGAAGAGCCGCCGCCGUUCUUGCAGACCCAGGUGCAGCAGGCCCUCAUGCCGCUCCGCUUGGCUUUGCGUGAUCCCCGCCAGCGCAAUAUGCCGCCGCCCAUACAGCCUCCUCCUCCGCCGCCGUCCUCGUCGUCGACAUCGUCGAUGCCCAGCCGAACGGCGCUCGGUGCCAAUGUGGAGACCAUUUCAAGCGACAGCAGCGAGGACGACGAGGAGGAGGAUGAGGACGAGGAGGAGGAUGAGGAAGAGGAGGACGACGAGGAGGAGGAGGGCAUGACCGAGGAGCACGACAGCACCACCUCGGAGACCAUGACCACGGUGAUUAGCGGCGAUCCCAUGAUGCAGAAGAUCGACGUCAGUGAGGAUCCCGAGAAGAUCUACUACAUACGACGUGACGAUGGCACCGUCCACCGUGGCCAGGUGCUGCAGUCGCGGACGACGGAGAACGCGGCCACGCCCUACGAGUACUAUGUGCACUAUGUGGGCCUGAAUCGUCGCCUGGACGGAUGGGUGGGCAGGCAUCGUAUAUCGGACAAUGCCGACGAUCUGGGUGGGAUUACGGUGAUGCCGCAGCCGCCGUUGCCCUCGGACCAGCCCAGCACCAGCCGGGAGAUGCUCCAGCAACAGCAGCAGGCGACAGUGGCAGCGGCAGGCGGUUCCGUCCAGCGACCGAAUCGAUCGGGACUCAAUCGGGACUACUAUCUGUCGCCGUGCGAGAACAACCGCUACGAUUACAGCGACCGGAAGAUGACGCGCUACCAGAAGCGGCGCUACGACGAAAUCAAUCACGUCCAGAAGAGCCACGCCGAGCUGACGGCCACCCAGGCGGCGGCGGAGAAGGAGCACGAGUCCAUCACCAAGAUCAAGUACAUUGACAAGCUGCAGUUCGGCAACUAUGAGAUCGACACCUGGUACUUCAGUCCCUUUCCCGAGGAGUUCGGCAAGUCGCGGACGCUGUACGUCUGCGAGUACUGCCUGAAGUACAUGCGGUACCGGCAGAGCUACGCUUAUCAUCUCUACCAGUGCGACCGGCGCCGUCCACCGGGCAGGGAGAUCUACCGCAAGGGUCAGAUCUCCAUCUUCGAGGUGAACGGCAAGGAGGAGCCGCUGUACUGCCAGCUGCUCUGCCUGAUGGCAAAGCUCUUUCUGGACCACAAGGUGCUCUACUUCGACAUGGAUCCGUUCUACUUCUACAUCCUCUGCGAGACGGAUCGCGAGGGCAGCCACAUUGUGGGCUACUUUUCCAAGGAGAAAAAGUCCAUGGACAACUACAAUGUGGCCUGCAUCCUGGUCCUGCCGCCGCAUCAGCGCAAGGGAUUCGGUAAGCUGCUGAUAGCCUUUAGCUACGAGCUGUCCCGCAAGGAGGGGGUCAUCGGUAGCCCGGAGAAGCCGCUAUCCGACUUGGGACGGCUGAGCUAUCGCAGCUACUGGGCAUACACGCUGCUGGAGCUGAUGAAGAACCGCUGCUCGCCGGAGCAGACCACCAUCAAGGAGCUGAGCGAGAUGAGCGGCAUCACGCAGGAGGACAUCAUCUACACGCUGCAGUCGAUGAAGAUGAUCAAGUACUGGAAGGGCCAGAAUGUGAUCUGUGUGACGGCCAAGACCAUCCACGACCAUCUCCAGCAGCCGCAGUUCAAGCAGCCGAAGCUGACCAUCGACCUGGAUCGCCUCGACUGGAAGCCGCACAGCGCCUAUGUGUCGCGCAUAAUGCCGGGCGUUACCUUCUAGUAUCCGGCGCGGGAUCCAGUCCCGCAGCAGUGUUCCGAAGUGAUAUUGAUUGAGUAGUCCUUCGUCCCUAUUUUUUUUCUUUUUUUUUGACUAGAAUUUAAGCUUAAAAGUCACCUAUAAAAUAAUGCUGCAUUUUCACAGAAAUAGUUGAAAAGUGUAAAGUAAUCAAUGAAUUUCAAAAAGAACACUUUAUGUUUCAAUUUAUUACCUCAUUUUGAAGCCCUGUAUAUUAUGUAUAUUAUAUUAUAUUCGUUACAUUAACGUCGCAGGAUCAAUAUCUCCUCUAAAACAAGUGUUUAAAACUGCAAAUAUUCACUAAAUAUAUCAAAAAAAUAUAUAUGUAUCUUUUUUUUUUGAGUUUAAUAAAUAUUCAUAAAAUUAAGUGAAACAAGAAUGAAGUUCGCUGAAUUUAUCUAUAUUAAAGUACGAUUUUUUUUUCUAAGUGUAUGUACUUUUAAGCCCAAAAACUUGAUACAAUUUAAGAUUAACAAUUACAAAGUUAUUCGGUUAAAAACAUCAACUAUUGUGUUGUAAAUAUAAUGGAAAAUGUUAAAUUCUUUGAAA